AUGCACUUUUACUACUCAAUACACCUUCCUUAUUCCAAUACCUUUUGCUACUCCAAUACACCUUCCUUAUUCCAAUACACUUUUGCUACUCCAAUACACCUUCCUUAUUCCAAUACACUUUUGCUACUCCAAUACACCUUCCUUAUUCCAAUACACUUUUGCUACUCCAAUACACCUUCCUUAUUCCAAUACACUGUUGCUACUCCAAUACGCCUUCCUUAUUCUAAUACACUUUUGCUACUCCAAUACACCUUCCUUAUUCCAAUACACUUUUGCUACUCCAAUACACCUUCCUUAUUCCAAUACACUUUUGCUACUCCAAUACACAUUCACUAUUCCAAUACACCUUCGCUACUAAGUAUUAUGAUAGUUUUUCAACUGCAUCCAUUCCAAGUGUCCCUAUCCUCUCUCUCUCUCCCUCUCUCUUUUCUCUCUCUCUCUCUCUCUCUCUCUCUCUCUCUCUCUCUCUCUCUCUCUCUCUCUCUCUCUCCUUAUAUCUGA